CCCGAAAGCUCUUCCAACUCUGGGCACUUCUGUUCAAUCAUGGCUAACCAGCAAAGUAGUUUCUCAGUUGGGUUUAAUUGUUAAUUUGCAGGGGAUGGUCAAAAAUCCCAGGCAGCAAUCUCCCUGCAAUCAUCUCCGCAAAAAUAUCGUGCUCAUUUUGAGCUGGGAUUCAGCCAGCCUAUGAUCUGUGCAAAAUAUCCAUAUAUGGAUCAAUGUUAUGGACUCUUCUCAACAUAUGGACCUCAAAUUUCAGGGCGCAUUAUGCUGCCGCUGAACUUGACUGCCGAUGAAGGACCAAUCUAUGUAAAUGCUAAGCAAUACCAUGGGAUCAUCCGCCGCCGACAAUCCCGUGCCAAGGCAGUCAUGGAGAACAGAGCAGCUACACUUCGUAAGCCAUAUAUGCAUGAGUCACGCCAUCUUCAUGCACUGCGUCGACCAAGGGGAUGUGGUGGUCGUUUUCUGAACACAAAGACUAUGAACAUUGGGAAAAACGAAACUGAAGGGACGCAAGUUGGUGAUGGACAGCUGUUUAGGCACUCUGGUUCUCAUAGUUCUGAACUCCUGCAAUCUGAAAGUGGAACCUUAAACUCCUCAAAGGAAACAAAUGGCAGCAGUUCAAACAUAUCAGGGUCAGAGGUGACCAGCGUGUACUCUAGGAGAGAUCUUGAUCGUUUUUCCAUCAAUCAUCUCGGUCCCUCUGUGCACUCUCUGUCAGACAUGAUGGAUAGUGUGCGUGGUAUGGUCAUUCCAACCAAAUGGGUUGCAGCAGGAGAUAACUGCUGCAACCUCAAAGUUUGAUAGCAAGGGAAAAGGUGGGGUUGGUGCGAACUUGUUGCGCUAGCCCCAUCUAUUCCACAACCAGAUGGAGAAGCUUUGUUGCAGUUUCUGUUAUGGUUAUUGCAACAGCUUUUGGUUCUAGGAUUGCCCGCCCCCAUCUGGUUGCUAUCAAAGGCAACUCAUUCUUGGCUCAUGUACGGAUAGGUUUUCCUGCCAUUCCAUGCAAUCAUCCUGCUCGCUCGGGUGGCUAGCGAAAACCUUGAAGCUACAUAAAAUUAAUGCAGUAGACUACAUAUGAAUACAAAUAUAUGAUAUGUAUGGCUUUCUUCCCAUAAGUCUGAAUAAGAACUUGAGAGUCUGGUAUGCGUUUGUGAUCUAAACUAAACAGGCUAAAUUGUUGUGUAAUUCUCUAAUAUCUAGUAUCUGGAUUUUUGACCUCCUGGGUUGGUGUAAUGUAUAACUUAAUGUUGUGUUGUUUGAAGAAUAAUGUAUUAUAUCUUAAGAACAGUGGAUGUCCUCUUUAUUAUUA